AUGAGUUAUUUUGAUGUGCUUAAUGAUCCAAAUUCCAUAAGUAAUUCUCAAAUUGCAAGUGAUAACGAUAUUAGUUCCACUUCUUCAUCUUCUGAACAAGGGUCAAUUAACAAGGAAAUAUCAAUUAAUUCAAGGACAUCAACUCUGCCAACCAAUUCUAAUGAACCAUUUGAAUAUGAAAAUGAGAAUGGUAAUGAGGAUGAACCAUUUUAUGAUUUCCAAUUAUUUUUAAAACAACUAAAAACUCCACAAGCAGAUCCCAUUGUUAGAUACGCCAGAUCUUUCUUACACAAUUUCGUCACCCAAAGAAUACUUUGGUCUGCUGAAGAACAACAAAAGUUAAUCAAUGAUUUUAAAAAUUUUAUAUACAGGAAAUAUUCUGAAUAUGAACCCUUUAAAUCUCUUGAUACCAAACAGUUAAACAAUGCCAAAGAAGGUAUGGAAAAAUUAAUCAUGGGGAAAUUAUAUACCAGAUGUUUUUCACCAUAUCUUAAAGUAAUGAAGGAUGAUUUAGAUAAAGGCCAUUCAAAUGAUUUAAAAGAUGAUAUAUUAUUGAAAAAUAAAAUUAAUGAAUAUAAAUUUAUGAAACCGGAAUACUUAGAUAUCACUAAUGUGGAGACAGAAAGGUUGGAUAAAUUUGUUAAUUUUUCUGUGGACGAAUUAUCUAAAGUGAAUGGCUAUAAAGCUCCUAGGGAUAAAGUUGUUUGCAUAUUAAAUUCAUGCAAAGUUUUGUUUGGUAUUUUGAAACAAUCACAAUUAGAGGGUAAAGGUGCCGAUACCUUUAUACCGUUGCUAAUUUAUACCUUAUUGAAGAGUGAUAUCGAAAAUUUAGUUUCUAAUGUUCGAUAUAUCGAACGAUUUAGAUUUGAAAAUUUCAUCCGCGGUGAAGAAUCUUAUUAUUUAAGUAGUUUGCAGGCUGCUAUUAACUUUAUUAAUUUGGAACUAAAUAAAGAUUCGUUAACCAUUGAUGACGAGAUUGAAUAUGAAAGAGCUCACAAGAAUAAUGAACAACGUAUCGCUAAAGAAAACGAACUAUUGAAGAAUCGUGAACUAGAAACUAAGCUCAAACAUAAUAAUUUCUCAACUACAAAUCCAAGUGAUUAUAUUCUCUCUCCACUAGACGAAGCAACAAGUUCCUUGGUUAAUAAAGUCUCUGAUUUCUUCUCGACAUUUACUGAAGAUCUGGACCACGACUCUGGACGUCCCAACAGCGGAUCUAAUAACUCUAGAAUUAAUGAUUAUCACCAACACAAUCAAGAUCAACUGCAAGAAUACCAACAGCAACAGCCACAACAAUUGCAAGAAUAUCGCCGCCACCGUCAUCAUCGCCAUAUAUCUGAUGAAGAACGUCAAUUAGCAAGAUUAAUGGAGCAGGAACAGCACAAGGAAGUUUUAGAUAUCCUUCAAUCUAUGUUCCCUAAAAUGGAGAAAGACUUGAUACGUGACGUUUGUUAUGCCAAAAAAUAUAGAAUCGGUACAUGUGUCGAUGUACUAUUAUCUUUUUCAGAAUAA